AUGACCCGCGGAAAUCAACGUGAGUUGGCUCGAGCCAAAAAUGCCAAGAAGGAGGCUGCCAAGAAAGGCGGCAACGCCAAAUCUGGCUCCGAGCUGGCGAAGCAAGGCGAAAGUAACGCCGAAGUGAUGCGAAGGAAGCAAUUGGAGGGUCAGUGUGCAAUGCGAAACAUGCCUCCUUUUCCAGCAUGUCAAUUCUGGGCGAAAUCAACAUGGAAGCUAACGAAUCUAUCAUUGCCAAUAGCCGACAAGAAAAAAGCGGAACAAGAAAAAGCCGCUCUACAGGCGAAGAUAGAGUCGAAGAUCAAAAAAUAG